ACCUCGAAAACCAAAACAUACUUUCACCAUUUCCGCCACCUGUUAUUAGAGUGGAAAAAGGAAAAAGAAAAACCCAACCCAGGGUAAAACCGAAAUUACACUAAUUUCCGAGGUUUGCUUUUCAACACUUUCCUUUCUCUUACGCAUUCCUCCGAUUCUUACAGUAAUAAUACAAUUUUCCCUGAUUCCAUUAUCGAUUCGCAAUUAAAACCAGAUUACACUAGAAUCUCCGUUCCGAUCUCAAUUCACAAACCCUAACAUUCAAUCUUCUCUUCAGUUACCGCUCCCUCCAUCUUCUAAUCAGAUUUGAAGGUUGGUUCGCCAUAGUUAUCAGUGUUGGUUUAAAGCGUUUGUGAAUUUUUGACACUGUGCAACACUCAACUAGAUUGUGUCAUAUCACAUUUCAAAAUUAGUCUUACGAGAAGUGAUUACUGGAACUGUCAUUUUCAUCAUGAAGCUUCACAAAUAGAUUGUGGUGAGAAACGAUGAAUAUCGUUAAGGGUGUCGCCGACCUUAUACGAAGAACUUCCAGUGGGCAAAGUGGCGAAUCAUCAAGUUUACAGACUCAGAAGUUCUCUCCUCCUGGGCCUAAGAUUCGGUUCAGUGAUGCCGGGGAUGAAGCCAUAGUAAAUAUUCUCUGGGAGCGAUAUCAGAAAGUUGAUGAUAAGGCGGAGAAGAAGAGGCUGCUUCAUGUUUUCAUCAAGCAAUUUGUAGUUGCCUUCAAUGAUUGGGAACCUGUAAAUUCUGGAAUAUUAUUAGAGUCUACUUCUGAGAAUUUUUCAUCUGCUGAUGACGUGGUCCUCGGCUGCUCAGCUGGACAUCCUGUUGAAGUCAUUCGGGUAUUAGUUGACGAGGUCACACAGUUAAGCUCACUAGUUACUGAGUUGAGCACCAGCAUUUUUCAAUCUCCAACAGAAUUAUCUGGGGCUGCAACCAAGUCGUAUAUUACUUCUGAAGGGUUUUUAAUUUUGGAUGCAUUGAAAAUUAUUUCCCGUUCAUUAUACAAUUGUAGACUAUUUGGAUACUAUGGUGGAAUUCAAAAACUUACAGCGCUAAUGAAAGGGGCUGUGGUCCAACUUAAAACCAUAAGUGGUGCCGUUUCUGCUGAUGAAAGUUUGUCUGACUUUGCUGUGGAGAAAAUUAAGCUGCUCCAACAAAUUCUGAUAUACAUCGUGUCAAUAUUUUAUGUUUUCAUUGACUUAGGUUCAAAUAUAGACAAAAAGGAUGAGCUGUUUUGCAGUCUGUUAGGCUUUAUUUCACGUGCUGAUGCUGCAAUCAGCUCUUCAAAUAGUUCAAAGGUUUUGUCUACUGAAGCAAGGUUACAUUGGCGUCAGAAAGCAAUUGUUUCUGUGAUGGAAGCUGGUGGUCUAAAUUGGUUAGUAGAACUAUUGCGCCUUUGUAGAAGAUUCAGCUUGAAAGAACUAUUGAUGGAUGAUUCACUCCAGUACUUGAGUUUGAAAAUCCUUUCUUUGGCUUUAUCUGCAAAUCCUCGGGGUCAAAAUCAUUUUAAAAGUAUUGGAGGGCUGGAAGUGCUGUUGGAUGGUCUUGGAUUUCCAUCAAAUUAUGCAACAACUUAUACUAAAUUUGUUUUGAGUAAUGGAUUCAGGGAUGAUAAACCAUUGCAAAAAAUAUUCCAGCUUCAUAUUCUUGCUCUGGAAGUUUUAAGGGACGCUGUCUUUGGGAACAUAAACAACUUGCAAUUUCUUUGUGAAAAUGGUAGGGUACAAAAAUUUGCCAACAGUUUUUGUUCACCGGCUUUUGUUCUUCAAGAUUUGAGACAGGGGGAGGAUUUUGCUGGACAGCAGGCUGUCAACUUGUCUGGUCCUGACAUUCGCGAAAAUGAGAAUUAUAGGAAAUCUGAUCCUGCAAUGGCUUCUGCAUGCCUUCCACCUAAUGCUUCUUUUUCUCAUUUUUGGAGUGAUUAUGUCCUUAUGCUGAGCAAAAGUCUCUGUUCAUUUCUUAUAAUUCCUGGAGCUUCACAAUCUCUUAAUAUCCAACCAUCUUCUGGUCGACUUGCAUUGCCUGUUUCCUCAUCAUAUUGUGAACUGUCAAUCAAAUGGGUCACGAGGGUUCUUUUUACAAUAUUUCCCUGCAUCAAAGCUUGCUCAAAUCAGAAUGAUUUGCCAAGCUAUUUAAGGGUCUUUGUCACUAUUUUACAGAAUACAGUUCUCAAUGCAUUUAGAAAUCUUCUUUCUACUUCUCCAAUGUCACUUGAAGUUUUUCGCGAAGAGGGAAUAUGGGAUCUUGUCUUUUCAGAAAAUUUCUUUUACUUCGAAUCAGCUUCAGAAGAAACUGCUGGACAGAUAUUUGCAUACAAUCAGAAGUCUGAAUUCUUGUCUGCUUCAAGUAGCACUGUUGAUACACCAGAAGUCAAUGGGGUUAAUAGUCUGCAGAUGGAAAUAAUGUCAUUUGUGGAAUUUGCUGCAACUUCUAAUGGAAAUACACACAACAUGCCUGAAUUGUCCGCUUUGUUGGAUGCACUUGAGCAUUCUGCUUUUAACCCUGAAAUUGCUGGUCUUCUUGUGAGGAGUUUGGUUAGUAUUUUGCAGCUCUCCCCCGAGAAAACUAUUGAUUCCUGCAAGACCUUGAAUGCAGUUUCUCGGGUUCUACAAGUUGCUUGCGUUCAUGCACAAGAGUGUAUAAGAUCUGGAAGUAUGGACUCCAGUGUAAAUAGCGGCUUGGAAGUUUCAGCAUCAGUGCCUGAUCAACAAAAAUGCAAUUCACCAGGGACCGUGCAAAAUUGGUUCGGUUGCAUGAAAAUGUGCAUGGAGUUCUUUACCAAGUUUUUUGCAUCAGCUGAAGAUACAAAGAGUUUUAUAUUGCAUAGUUUUGAUAGCAUUGAUUGCUUGUUUGAUUUAUUUUGGAUAGAAGGUUUGAGGGAUGACGUGCUAAGGCACAUACUUGAUCUCAUGAAGAUUAUACCAUUCUCGGAGGAAGAUAAAAAAGCAAAGUUGCAGUUAUGCUCUAAAUAUUUGGAAAUGUUUACGCAAAUAAAAGAACGUGAGAAAUUUUUUGUUGAUCUGUCUAUUGAUAUGUUGGCUGGAAUGAGAGAUAUGCUUGUUGCUAAUCAAGAAUACUAUCAGGCUCUAUUUCGUGAUGGAGAAUGCUUUUUGCAUGUUAUAUCAUUACUUAACAGUGAUCUAGACAAGGAAAAUGGGGAGAGAUUAGUUUUAAAUGUACUCCAAACACUUACUCGUUUGCUUGCAAAUAAUGAUACUUCAAAGGCCGCGUUUAGAGCUCUAGCUGGAAAGGGGUACCAGACAUUGCAGAGCCUGCUGUUGGAGUUUUGUCAGUGUCAUUCAAGUGAAAGCCUUUUAGAUGUUUUGCUUGAUAUGCUUGUUGAUGGUAAAUUUGAUAUCAAGACCAGUCCUAUAAUUAAGAAUGAAGAUGUGAUAAUAUUAUAUCUAAUUGUGCUGCAAAAGAGCAGUGAGUCAUUGCAGCAUCAUGGGCUGGAUGUGUUUCAACAACUACUAAGAGAUUCAAUUUCUAAUAGAGCUUCCUGUGUCAGAGCAGGGAUGCUUGAUUUUCUUCUGAAUUGGUUUUGCCAAGAAGAUAAUGACAGUGUGAUAUUUCAGAUCGCCCAGUUAAUUCAAGCCAUUGGUGGGCAUAGUAUAUCAGGGAAGGACAUCCGUAAAAUUUUUGCAUUACUCCGAAGUGAGAAAGUUGGGAUGAGGAGGCAGUAUUGCUCUGUUCUGUUAACAAGUCUCUUGUCAAUGCUACAUGAGAAGGGACCAACUGCCUUUUUUGAUCUCGAUGGGAUUGAUUCUGGUAUUAUUCUGAAAACGCCUGUGCAGUGGCCUCUCAAUAGGGGCUUUUCUUUUUCCUGUUGGCUCAGGAUUGAGAACUUCCCUAGAAAUGGAACAAUGGGUCUUUUCUGUUUUCUUACAGAAAAUGGUAGGGGGUCCUUGGCUGUGAUCUCAAAGGAGAAGCUCACUUAUGAGUCAAUCAACCUGAAAAAACAGCGUUCAGACCUGCACGUUAAAUUAGUCAGGAGGAGAUGGCAUUUUCUUUGCAUAACUCAUAGCAUUGGAAGAGCAUUUUCUGGGGGUAGCCUUUUGAGAUGUUACUUGGAUGGUGAUCUCGUCUCAUCUGAAAGAUGCAGGUAUGCAAAAAUCAGUGAACCGUUGACUAGUUGCAUGAUUGGCGCAAAACUUAAGAUGCCUCACUAUGAAGACAAUGCACUCACUUUUGAAUCCAUCCGUGAUUCAUGCCCAUUUUUUGGCCAAAUUGGUCCUGUUUAUUUAUUCAAUGAUGCCAUUUCUUCUGAACAAGUACAGAUUAUCUACUCUCUAGGUCCAAGUUACAUGUACUCUUUCCUUGAUAAUGAAGCUUUACCAGUUUCUGGUGAUAAAAUACCCAGUGGGAUUCUUGAUGCCAAAGAUGGUCUUGCAUCAAGAAUUAUCUUUGGACUCAACGCUCAGGCAAGUGUUGGUAGAAUGUUAUUUAAUGUUUCGCCGAUAAUAAAUAAUGCAUUAGAUAAGAAUUCUUUUGAAGCUUCUGUAAUUGGUGGGACUCAAUUAUGCUCAAGACGCAUGCUUCAGCAAAUAAUAUAUUGCGUUGGUGGUGUAUCUGUGCUUUUUCCUCUUAUCACCCAGUGUUGUAAUUUUGAAAAUGGAGUUGAGGAAUCUGAAAAGACACUACUAACACAGUCAACAAGGGAGUGUGUGAUGGGUGAAGUUAUUGAGCUUAUUGCCUCUCUUUUAGAUGAGAAUGUAGCAAAUCAACAACAGAUGCACAUUGUGUCAGGAUUUUCAGUCCUGGGAUUCUUGUUACAAUCGGUUCCUCCACAACAACUUAACCUAGAAACUCUUUCUGCUUUGAAGCAUCUUUUUAAUGUUGUCUCUAAUUCUGGACUGGCAGAGUUUCUUGUGGAAGAGGCUAUAUCUAGCAUAUUUCUUAAUCCUCUUAUCUGGGUCUAUACUGUUUACAAGGUGCAACGUGAACUGUACAUGUUUCUGAUCCAACAGUUUGACAAUGAUCCUAGAUUACUGAAAAGUUUAUGCCGCCUUCCACGUGUUCUUGAUAUAAUUCAUCAAUUCUAUUGUGAUAAUGUAAAGUCUCGAAUAUUUAUUGGAAAUAACCUUCUUCAACAUCCUGUGAGCAAAAAAGUUAUCGGGGAAAGGCCUAGUAAAGAAGAAAUGCACAAGAUCCGUCUUCUUUUGUUGAGUCUUGGUGAAAUGAGUCUCAGGCAGAAUAUUGCUACUGGAGACAUAAAAGCUCUCAUAGCAUUUUUUGAGACAAGUCAGGAUAUGACCUGUAUUGAAGAUGUUUUGCACAUGAUUAUUCGUGCUGUUUCUCAGAAACCUCUACUUGCUUCUUUCCUUGAACAAGUUAAUAUUAUCAAUGGUUGUCAGGUUUUUGUCAACCUUCUCCAGAGGGAGUAUGAGUCUAUCCGAUUGCUGAGCUUACAGUUCCUUGGGAGGCUUUUGGUUGGCCUUCCGUCUGAAAAGAAGGGGUCAAGAUUCUUCAAUCUCCCAUUGGGAAGAUCCAAAUCUAUUUCAGAAAACGAUAGGAAAAUUAGAAUGCAACCAAUUUUCUUAGCUAUAUCUGAUAGACUUUUCAGCUUUCCGCAGACAGAAAAUCUUUGUGCUACUUUAUUUGAUGUUCUUCUUGGUGGUGCUAGCCCCAAACAGGUUUUACAAAGACACAGUCACCAUGAGAAGGUGAAAAGCAAGGCCAGCAAUUCUCAUUUUUUACUUCCUCAGAUGUUGCCUCUGAUUUUUAGAUAUUUGACUGGCUGUGAGGAUACAGCUGCAAGAAUUAGAAUAAUCAGGGAUAUACUUGACCUUCUUGAUUCAAAUGCUUCAAAUAUCGAAGCUUUUAUGGAAUAUGGGUGGAAUGCUUGGCUAACAUCUUCUCUCAAGCUUGGUGUGUUAAAGGACAAAAAUGUCAAGUUGCCUAAUCAUGAUAACAGUCAAAGGGAUGAGCUGCUUGUGGUGAGAAACUUGUUUUCUCUAGUUCUGUGUCACUAUCUGCAUUCUGUAAAAGGUGGCUGGCAGCAGUUGGAAGAAACAGUCAAUUUCCUUGUUAUGCACUCUGAGGAGGGUGGCAAUUCAUAUAGGUUCUUUCUCCGUGAUAUAUAUGAAGAUGUGAUUCAGAAUUUGGUGGAUUUGUCAGCUGCGGAGAAUAUUUUCAUUUCACAACCCUGUCGGGACAAUACACUCUACCUUUGGAAAUUGAUUGAUGAGAUGCUCAUCUCCGAAAUUGAUAAAGAACUCCCGCUCCUUGGAAGUGAAUCUGAUUUUCACCUUGAUUUGGAAAUGGAAUGUCACAAGGAGUACAGUUCUGCCUUAAAAGACGUGUUGAUAGGAGAAGCUGAUGAACAGGCUUCUAGAAAAUCACAAAAUUUUAAGCAGCCAAUACCAUGUGACGAUACAAUUGAAGAGAAAUGGUGGAAUCUCUAUGAUAGUUUGUGGGUUGUUAUUAGCAAGAUGAAUGGCAAGGGACCUAGCAACGUGUUACCCAAAUCAUCGUCAUUUGCAGGACCAUCUCUUGGUCAAAGGGCUCGUGGUUUAGUUGAGUCAUUAAACAUUCCGGCUGCCGAAGUGGCUGCAGUUGUUGUAUCAGGAGGGAUAGGCAAUGCUUUGACUGCAAAACCUAACAAAAGUGUUGAUAAAGCAAUGGUUUUACGAGGAGAGAGGUGCCCUAGAAUUAUUUAUCACCUCGUUAUUCUUUAUUUGUGUAAAUCUUCUCUAGAAAAGGCAUCGCGCUGUGUCCAACAGUUCACCUCACUUUUACCUUGCCUUUUAACUGCUGAUGAUGAGCAAAGCAAGAGUAGGCUGCAACUUAUCAUCUGGGUACUGCUUUUUGUUAGGUCACAGUAUGGAAUGUUGGAUGAUGGUGCUCGUUUUCAUCUUUUAUCACAUUUGAUUCGUGAGACUGUCAAUAUUGGAAAAUCAAUGCUUGCUACUAGCCUUGUGAGCCGCGAUGACACCUUGGAUCCUAACUACAAUUCAAAAGACGCAGGAUCCAUUCAAAAUUUAAUUCAAAAGGAUCGUGUUCUGGCAGCAAUCAGCGAUGAAGCUAAUUAUACAAAGAUAUCAAAAAUUGACCGCACCCAGCAGAUACAGGAACUUCGUAGUAGAAUAGAUGAAAACACCACUGCAGAAUCUACUAGUAAGCAAGCUCUUGAAGAUGAGAUCCAGAGUAGCUUGAACUCCAUUCUUUCUUCAAAUGAUAUCAGAAGAGCUGAAUUCCAGCUUACCUAUGAGGAGGAGCAGCAAAACGUUGCUGAAAAAUGGAUACACAUGUUUCGAUCAUUAAUCGAUGAGAGGGGUCCAUGGUCUACUAAUCCUUUUCCAAAUUGUGUUGUAACACAUUGGAAACUUGACAAGACAGAAGACACAUGGCGAAGGAGGCCAAAACUAAGGCAAAAUUAUCAUUUUGAUGAAAUUCUCUGUAAUCCUCCUUCUGCCACUGCUAGUGGAGUUGCUAGUCCUCUUAAUGAAAGUAAUCCUGGUUCUGUGGGUAAUAUACCUGAACAAAUGAAGCAGCUCUUGCUGAAAGGGAUAAGAAAAAUAACUGACGAGGGAUCCUUUGACACCAAUGAAACCAUUGGUGAAAUAAGUGGACCUAAUACAUCAAUUGCCCCUGAUAAUUUGGAUGGCCAAUCUUCUGACUUACUAAAGGAUAACAGUGACAGAAAGGAUGUUGUGCAUGAACGGAGAGACACUUCCUCUUCACCCGAGACAGAAGCCAGCGAGGUGCUUGUGUCAAUUCCAUGUGUUCUGGUGACUCCAAAGAGAAAAUUAGCUGGUCAUCUGGCAGUCAUGAAAAAUGUUUUGCAUUUCUUUGCUCAAUUCUUAGUAGAAGGUACCGGCGGAUCAUCCGUCUUUAGAAACUUUGAUGCCUUGAGUAAUUCUGAUCUGACCAAGUCCGUUCAGAAGCAAAGAUCAAUGAAGUGGCCUGCUUCUGAUAUGGAUCUUCAGAAGGGAAUUACAGUCGGUAAUGUAGAGGUAAUAAAUGGAAAUGGCCCUGUUAAACUUAUGAGGUGUGUUAAACGCCAUCGAAGGUGGAGCAUGGCUAAGAUAAAAGCUGUUCAUUGGACCCGAUAUUUGCUCAGAUAUACUGCAAUAGAGAUUUUCUUCAGUGGUUCAGUUUCCCCAGUAUUUCUGAACUUCACCUCACUGAAGGAUGCAAAAGAUAUAGGAAACUUGAUAGUUGCUACCAGAAAUGAAUAUUUAUUUCCCAAAGGAAGUGGAAGGGACAAGAGUGGACCUAUAAAUUUUGUUGAUCGACGAGUGGCACAGGAAAUGGCAGAAACUGCACGAGAAAGCUGGAGGAGAAGGGAUAUAACAAACUUUGAAUAUCUGAUGAUACUCAACACGCUUUCUGGCAGAUCUUAUAAUGAUUUGACCCAAUAUCCUGUUUUUCCUUGGGUAUUGGCUGAUUACACGUCAGAGGUUCUUGAUUAUAAUAAAUCAUCUACAUUUCGAGAUCUGUCAAAGCCUGUUGGAGCGCUUGAUAGCAAAAGAUUUGAGGUGUUUGAAGAUAGAUACCGUAACUUCUGUGAUCCUGAUAUACCCAGCUUCUACUAUGGAUCUCAUUACUCAAGUAUGGGCAUUGUGCUUUAUUACCUUCUUAGAUUGGAGCCAUAUACCUCUCUUCACCGUAAUCUGCAGGGGGGUAAAUUUGAUCACGCUGACAGACUAUUUCAUAGCCUCGAGGCCACAUUCAGAAAUUGCCUUACAAAUACCAGUGAUGUGAAGGAGUUAAUACCCGAGUUCUUUUACAUGCCUGAGUUUCUAUUGAAUUCAAAUUCUUAUCAUCUAGGAGUUAGACAGGAUGGUGAACCUAUUGGGGAUGUUUUUCUCCCUCCAUGGUCGAAGGGUUCCCCUGAAGAAUUUAUUAGGAGAAACCGGGAGGCCCUUGAAAGUGAAUAUGUCAGUUCAAAUCUUCAUCACUGGAUAGAUUUGAUAUUUGGAUACAAGCAACGUGGUAAACCUGCUGUAGAGGCAGCGAACAUAUUCUACUACUUAACUUAUGAAGGAGCUGUUGAUUUGGAAACGACGGAAGAUGAUUUGCAAAGAGCAGCCAUAGAAGACCAAAUAGCCAACUUUGGUCAGACCCCAAUUCAGAUUUUUCGCAAGAAACACCCAAGAAGAGGGCCACCUAUUCCAAUUGCACGCCCUCUGUACUUUGCUCCUGAUUCCAUUAGUUUGACUUCCAUUGUUCCUAAUACAAGUCAUUCUUCAUCACCUAUACUGUAUGUUGGUCUAAUGGACUCAAAUGUUAUCCUUGUGAAUGAGGGUCUCAACUUGUCUGUUAAGACGUGGGUAUCAACUCAACUGCAAUCUGGUGGAAAUUUUACAUUUUCUGGUUCACAGGACCCUUUCUUUGGAGUUGGUUCCGAAAUGCUUUCACCACGUAAAAUUGGUAUUCCUGUGCCUGAAUAUGUUGAACUUGGAGAACAAUGCUUUGCAACAAUGCAGACACCCUCCGAGAAUUUCUUAAUAUCAUGUGGAAAUUGGGAAAAUAGUUUCCAGGUCAUAUCAUUAAGUGAUGGCAGAAUGGUGCAAAGUAUUCGACAGCAUAAGGAUGUGGUGAGCUGUAUUGCAGUUACAUCGGAUGGGAGUAUCCUUGCAACUGGAAGUUAUGAUACGACAGUAAUGGUUUGGGAAGUUUUUCGUGGUAAAACAGAAAAGAGAAUUCGGAACAGUCCGUCUGAGUUACCUCGUAAGAACUAUGUCAUAGUUGAAACUCCAUCCCAUAUCCUUUGUGGGCAUGAUGAUAUAAUAACUUGCUUAUAUGUUAGUCACGAGCUUGAUAUCAUAAUUAGUGGAUCAAAAGAUGGAACAUGUGCAUUCCACACCUUGCGGGAAGGGAGAUAUGUCAGAUCCUUACGGCAUCCUUCAGGCUGUCCUAUAUCAAAGCUAGUUGUCUCUCAGCAUGGUCAAAUUGUGAUUUAUGCUGAUGAUGAUCUUAGUUUGCACCUGUAUUCAAUAAAUGGAAAACAUCUUGCUGCCUCUGAAUCAAAUGGACGUCUCAAUACUAUCCAGUUGAGCAAAUGUGGUGAGUUUUUGGUAGGCGCAGGUGACCAGGGGCAGAUUGUUGUUCGCUCUAUAAACACGCUAGAAGUUGUUAAGAAAUACCAAGGGGUUGGAAAGGUUUUAACAUCUUUGACAGUAACCCCAGAAGAAUGCUUCUUAGUGGGCACAAAAGAUGGAAUCCUCCUUGUGUAUUCAAUAGAAAAUCCUCAGCUACGGAAAAUGAGCCACAACAAAAAUAUGAAAUCAAAAACUUAACAGAAAAGAUAGCAGUGCAUGUGGAAGAAGCAUGUGGAAUUUUAACAGUUAGAGAUGCCCCGUGAUAACUGUUCCAGGUGCACCCAUUGAGUAUAUGUUUUCCGGUUACUCAAUCUUGCCAUUUUAUUGAGUUCUGGAUGUUAUCCCACGAAGCGCUCGGCCUGUGGGAUACAGAAUUGAAAUGUGAGAGCACACCAGCUUUAUCUGAAUAUAGAGAACAUAGUUUGACAUCUUUAUACUGGAAUAUAGGAACUGAGUGGAUUUUCUUCCACUUACUGAGCAUCAUGAGACAGUAACUCCCCAAAUCGGUUUUUGUGUUUUAGAUUACAGGAAGCUAUAGACUGGGGGUUUUGUUCAUACAUGUACAUUGUAUUUGUUAAAUCUUCAAUGGGAUUUUGGGGAUUUGUGUGCACUAAAAUUGUAGCUACUAUUUUUUUUUUUUUUUUGUUAACAUACCAGAAGUAUAUUUGUACAGAUAGGCUUGAAUGCCUUAUGUUAACAAGAAAAAUAUAUCCUCGUUAAUGUGAUGUACUUUACUGUAAAAGGACCAAUUUUAAUAGAUUGUGAUGGCUAUUAUUAAAUGAAA